AUGGCUAAUAUCCAAGUGUGGGUCACCCUAUUCAUUACGUUCAGUACAUUAAUAUAUAUCAGUAUCCGUGACCUUGUUGCUCCACAGUUUGGUAAGGUUGAGAAAAUAGACAGUCCUGUAAAGAAUAACGAAAACUUAAAGCUGACGUACAAUCUUCAAAAAGAUGGAGCCGACAUUAGCCAGUGUGGUAAUCUUAAAGGUAACAUGAAGAGCGACAACCCGUUCACAUCACCUAAAAGUUUCGAUAAACGUACAAGCAUUUUCGAUGUUUCAGAAAAUUUAAAAGAGACGUACCAUCUUGAAGGUGAUGAAGACAACAUUAGCCCGCCUAACAUUCCUAAAGAUAACGUAAACAAGGACAUUGCAUUCACAUCUCCGAAACGUCCUUUCGAAAACAAUAAAGAAUCCCAUUCUCAAUCAAAAGAACUAGGAUUAAGGCUGAGCAGUUAUUCCCCAAACACUGAUUCCCCUCUACUGAAGACUACUACUAAAGAGCUAUCUUCGGUGAAUACUAAAAAUGCCACCAUACAAUCAGAAAAUACUUCCUUGGUUUGGGAUAAUACACUGUUCUUGUGUGUCACAGCCAACUUGACAAGUUAUGAAACUCUUCCAAAUCGUCCAGAGUUACCUGUGAUAGAAAACAGUAACUUUACCAUAACAGGAACACAGGAGUCGUUAAAACUUACUGAAGCGAAGCACAUUGCGGAAGGUGCUAUUGACUUCACGGGAAAGCAUCGUUCAAAAACUCCAGGAAAUAGUUCAAAGUCUUCAAUAGAAAGCAGCAAUUUUACCACAACAGACACGGAGGGAGCAUCAACACUUUUUGCCUCGAAAGGCGGGAAUGAUUUCACUAUUGACUCGACGGAGAAACCUAUUACUUCUAGUAAUCCAAAAUGUUUAACAAAUCGUGACUCACCUUUGACAGAAAGCAGUGAUUUUGCCACCAAAGGUAUACCUGAAUCACUUUCACUUACUGCAUUAACAGCAGAAAGAGAGGCAUUGUUCGACAAAUCGCCUAUUAAUUUGGCGGAAGAGCAUUUUACGAAUACGAGCUCAAAAACAAAUCAUUCAAUGUCACCUUUACUGGAAAAUAAUGAUCUUACAACCAAAGAAAUACCAGCAAAAGAUGCAGCAUUAAUUUGGGAUGAUGAGGUUGAUGGAAUUGAAUAUAGCUAUCCAUUUUUUCACCUGACAUUUUCCCUUGCUACAUUGUAUCUGAUUAUGUCUAUUACAAACUGGUAUAGACUGGACGAAGGAGAGCAUCUCACUGUGAGACUGGUACAAAGUUGGAGUGCAGUGUGGCUGAGAAUAUCCGCGAGUAUAUUUUGUUCCUUUCUUUUGAUAUGGUCAAUGAUAAUACCUCUCGUGUUUCCAGAUACAUACAAGGAUCUGCUGUUCUUUCAGUACCUGACGAGUCUACCUAAAUUUUAA